AUGGCAGCCAAGUUGGCAGCUAAUUGCAAGAGAUUCAACAAGGCCAAGUGCUGGACUAUUUGUUUGAGGCAAGAAUGGGUUAUUCAACCUUUUAAGAGAAGGAAAGUUAAACGUUUAAGGCUGAGUUAUGUAUCUGGCCGCGUAUACACCCUCCCCUACCUGUGUGGCUCAACACCGACGGCCGCUGCCCGCGGGCCAGCAGAGGGCUCUGCGGCAGCGGCCCGGCGCGGCGCCCCAUCCCCGGAGGAAGAAACGGGCGGAGCGGGCACCGCGGAACACAGGCCCGGACCCGCCGAGUGCGAGCGGAUCGCGGGACAACACGGCGAGCAGGCGGCCACGUACCCGAACGUAUUCGGCUCCUCCACGAUCUUCAUCUUCCCCGCCGAGGCGAAGAGACCUGCUAGGAGAGAGCAGUUGGACGCGGCGGACGGACCAAACCGCCAGCCCGCCCGCUCGCGCCACGGCCCUCGCACCCACCGAGCGCCGCGCCCAGCGCCGCCAGCAGCAGCCCGGCCGCCAUCGCCCUUUCCGCCGGAAGCGGAAGCGCGCGCGCGCUGGGCGGGGUCUCCGCCGAGCGCGGCCAUGGAGCGAGGCCGGCGCGGGGGUCGGCGCGGGGGCCGGCGCGGGACUCGUAGCCUCGAGACUUUCGCGGCGGAAGCGGAGGCCGCGCUGAGAGCUUGCCUGGAGGGCGAGAGGGCCGCGGAUGGGGGCGCCCGGGAGGCCAAGUUCCCUUGCCCCCUUGCCAUGUGGGAGCUCGGACACUGCGAUCCCAAGAAAUGCACCGGGAGAAAACUAGCCCGGAAAGGGUUGCUGCGAACCCUUCGCCUCCGCCAGAGAUUCCCGGGCGUCGUCCUGAGUCCGCUGGCCACGGAGUACGUCUCUCCCGCCGACAGGAUUGUCAUUGCUCAGAGUGGAAUUGCAGUCGUAGAUUGCUCAUGGGCCAAAUUAGAAGAAACUCCCUUUAAGAGAAUAAAGGGGAGUCAUCUGCGGUUGCUGCCUUACUUGGUGGCUGCAAAUCCUGUAAACUACGGUCGGCCGUGCAAGCUGUCCUGUGUAGAAGCUUUUGCUGCAGCCUUCUGCAUUGUUGGAUUCCCAGAUCUAGCCACCAUUCUUCUAAGGAAAUUUAAAUGGGGUAAGACAUUUAUUGACCUGAACAAAAAUCUCUUGGAAAAAUACGCAGCCUGUCAUUGCCAGGACGACAUGCUAAGCAUUGAGAAGGACUUUUUAGCCUGUGUUCAAGAAAAAAAAGACGAAGUAGAUCCAUUUGAUGUUGACUUAGAAAAAGAAUUUUCUAAUCCCAACAGACCCGUCAAUUCCUCAGGUCUAGCACAAAGGAAGGAAGACUCUGAGGAGGACAGCAUGAGCAGUCCAGAUGAUGCCACUGAAAGCAGUGAAAGCACUGAUGAGAGCAGUCCAGAAGAAAUAAAAAUCCCCAAUAAUCCCAAAGAGUCGUAACAUCUCAUAUAAAGAAAUUUUCUUGUGGAUAAUUGAGUGUGUUUUACUGACCUUGUAACUUGGUGCUUAACAAACUGUCCUGGGGUGACGUCCCUGAGGCACACAUCACAUUGUUCUAUCUUUCUGCAUUAUCCACCACGUACAUCCUGGUUAUUGAGUCAGACAAUGGGACUCAUUUUAAGAACAUUUAAUUAACACUUGGGCUAGAGAACAUGGCAUUGAGUGGGUGUACCCAUAUCCCUUACCAUGCACCAGCUGCAGGUAAAGUGGAGAGGUACAGUGGAUUACUGAAAACCAUUUUGAAGGCAUUGGGUGGGAACAACAUUUAGCAAAGGCUACUUGGUUAGUUAACACCAGAGGUUCCAUCAACUGAGCAGGUCCUGCCCAGUCUGACUCCCUUAAUAUAGUGGAGAUAAAUUCCCCGUGGCCCAUGUUAGAGGUUUGUUAGGAAAGGCAGUAUGGGUUAAUCCUGCCUCGAGUACAGGCAAACCCAUUCGUGGGAUUGUCUUUGCUCAAGGAUCAGGAUGUACGUGGUGGAUAAUGCAGAAAGAUGGAACAACACGAUGUGUACCACAGGGAGAUCUGAUUGUGGGGUGAGACAGAAGAAAAUAUGUAAGUGUUGAAGGACUGAGUAAGUAAAAUGAAAGGAGAUGUGUGUUGAUGGACUGAGUAAGUGAAAUGAAAGUUUGUUUUUUUUAUGAAGUUCUUGAGCCUGUUCACGAUAUGGAGAUAAGGGGUGGAAUGUCCUGGGGUGACGUCGCAGUGCUCUCUAUCUCCAAAUCGUGUGUUGCUCAUGCCUGGAGGCUUUGUUUUGUCUAGCCAGGCAGCGUCCCGUCCCUCCCUCCGGGCGUGAGCGGCUGCUGCUGGCCAGCCCCGCCUCGCUCUGCCCCUGCUGCUGCUGCCGCCGCUUGGCUUGGCAGUUUUGCUUUGCUGCUGCUCGGUUUUUCCCCCUUCCGUUUUUUUUUGCUUCGCUUUAUUUUUCCUUAUUAGCUAGGAAUACCACUGGACAUCAAGAAAUCCCCGGACAUCUGUUCGUGAUAAGAAAUACGCGUUUUCUGCCCUCCCCAGCAUCGGCUGCAUCCACUCGGACGAGUGAAGUUUUUCUGCAUCACCCGUGGCUGUUUUUUCUCGUGAUGGGGAGUGGUUUUCUGUGUGUUUUGCUAAAUAAACAAGUUUUUUCCACUUUA